AGUGACGCCGCUUGGGUGAUCAGUUGUAUGGUUACCUUUUACGUCCUACCUUCGUCGAUUACCUAUAUUGGUGCUGAUUACUGAUGCUUUUGGGGACACGGAACUGAAAGUAAUAGUAUUGUGCAAUGGAUGAGCACAAUGUCCAUCACUUUUGGGGUAUAAGCCCAGCGUUAGACUUCGGGAGUCUUCUGCAGAUAGAGGGCGAUGGAGCCGUGGAUUUGCCGGUGGAUCAACCCAUCCGCAUACUCCAGGUGGCACCCUACGAUGCUCGGCACACAUUGACGACCAUCUGCCGCGCGACGCGCCACCCGCUCCUUCAGCAGCAGCAGCAACCGGUGCAGCUGGUGGUGUGGGAGGACUCCCCCGAGGGACUGGCCCGCCACCUGCUGCUGCUGGCGGUGCUGCUGGACGGGCGGCUGGUGGCUCGGGAGCGGUGGGAGCUGCUGCUGGAGCUGCACGGCAAUGCACUGCUGCGGGAGCGGGCGGCGGGAUACCUGGACGAGAAGGCCCGGCAGCUGGAG